GCAUCUGCAAAUAAACUGUACAGAGUACGCUUCCCCUUACACAACAGACAAGACAAGCUGGGUUUCAGUUUUUGUGUGAGAGGGCAGAAAGAACAUCAGCGUGGCCUGGAUUUUAGAAGCUGGAAGAGCAGUUCAACAUGGGCUAGCCCCAACUUUCCCAUACAGUUGAAGUGGACUGGAGAGAACGAGGAAGAGGAUGAGCGUUUACACACUCAAUCUUAAGUUGUUCUGGCCUCUGGUCAUUUGUAUCCUCACUGCUCUUCUGCUACUGCACCAAUUCAUCUUCAUCGGUUCAGAGGACCAAGGUAAUGAUUGUACUGACCAGGGACUUGCUGCUGUCUCACUGCUUAAAUACAUCUUGGCUUUUAUAUUAUGCUACUUCUUCAUUAAGUACUUCUCAACUCAGCCUAUCUCUGCUACGGGGGGUUUCCAAAAGCCCUCUGAGCUACACUCAAAAUCAGGAGUAUCUAAGAGAGAACUACUGGACGAUCACUAUGAGAAGCAUGUGCGUCUUUCCCCACAUGUUCUGGGACACAGUAAAGCCCAUGUUGCCAAGCUAGUGAGUGAACUUGUGAGGGUAGGGCGCACAGACGUCCCACCUGAGUCUUCCCUGGCCUUCCGGGGUGACUCCAUCCAGGUUGGGAGCUCAUAUGAGGAGCACAAAGUGGGCUCGCCGGAUUGCUUUGACAUCCUGGUGCCACUGCGGGCCCCUCGGGGGCUAAAACUGGAGACUAGUAUUUGCUCUGACAAACAUGGGGGGCCACCACUAUGCACGCUGAACACACCUCGCAAAGCAGAGUGGACACGCCGUCACAGAAGUUUCACUGACACAUUCAUGCACUUACACAAUGCACAAAGUGCUUUCAGGAUGAGUCCAAACUCUGUCCAGCGCUGGUUUUACACAGCCACCCAGCGUUGCCUUGCUACCGUGCGUUACCCGUUUGAGCAACGCUGCUCACUCAGUUUGUCUCUCAGUGAGGAGCAGCAGGUACUACUUCAUCUGACACCCCGCUCUGAUUAUGUCUGCUGCCACAUCUCCAUGGGCGUUCGGUUGAUCCCAGCCUUGCCUCUAGGUGACGGUGCCUUCUUGGUGGCAUCCCAACAUGCACAGCGAGGAGAGGACCUAUGGACAGUGUAUUUUCCCCGACAGGAGCAGAGACUGCUGGCAUGGCUAAAAGGCAGAUUGCCCUCCAGCUCUUGUCAUCUGAAGUGCCUUCAGCUUCUGAAAGAGGUGCGGAACCUUAGUGGGGAGACGCUGGACCAGCAGGCCAGAGCUGAAUGGGGAGGAGUCCUUUCUUCCUAUGCUCUCAAGACCGCAUGGCUUCGCCUGCUGCUCAGUACGCCCCAUGAGGCCUGGGAAGAGUGCAACCUCGUGGACAGACUGGAUGAUCUUCUUCGCAGUCUAAGGGACAGCCUACAGUCUCGGGCUCUCAGCCAUCUACUCCUCGGUGGUGAUAAUGGGCUUCUGCCUGACUCAGUGGCCCUGCCUAAGCUCAUGAAGGAAACGAUACCCUCCAACCUUUGGAAUGAAUUCAGUGAUGUCACCCUUGAUAUGGUCUCCGCCCGACUGGCCUACGCCUGGAACCACCUCCCUCGCCUUAUUCGACUUGGACGACCACAGAGGACCAGCUUGGGCAGAGGUGUUCACUGCAAAUAUAUAGAUACAGAGUAAAGGUUCAUUAUAAAUGGUAUUGCUGAACACACAGCCAUGGGUUGCAACAUCUAGUUGUUUAUACAACCUGACAUUAAUUUCUGCUAACAUAAUUCACUGUUUUUUAAAAGUGUACCAAAAAGUAGCAGUCAACCCAAAGAUCUGAGUAUCAUAAAGUAAUACAAUUCAAAGCACAAGAUUACAGCAUAAUAUAAAAUAUUCAAAAGGUACAACAAUACUUGUAUAAAAUGUGUUUUGGAACAACUUAGGAGUGUUUCAAUUACAGAACUUAUUUCAAAAAGCCUGAAUGCUGCUUAGACUUCACUUUUUUUUUUGUUGAUUUCUGCUUUUGCAAAUUUAGUUACCAUUCCAAGAGAAGCAUUUUGUUAAGACUUAGCCUAUUACCUGUUUUAAAGACGAGUAUGAUAUAAGUAUAGACUGUAGUUUGCAUCUGAGAGCUGUUUGGCUUUUAUUGAUUCAGGGAGACCAUGAUGUCAUGGUUCUGGAGUAGACAUAGUCUGUGGGUAACAAGCAUUUUUUCCACACUCCCCACAGCAUUAGUAAUGCCAGGCUUAACAUCCUGUUUUGGAGGAAAAAAGUGGAGUGAGACCACUUAUUUGUAAAGUAACUUUCCCAUUUCAUACAUAAAAUCAAUCAAAUGAAAUAAUUAACAAUAACUGUAACAAUUACAUUAUUGCUUAAUUGAUACUUUGUGUUCCAUGGAUGAGUCGAAUUGUAAGCGUUUUAGUCCACCUCAGUUAAAUUCCCUCAGUUUAUUAUUUUUCCUGCUUGACAUCUCAUCUAUCAACACAGACCUGUUCUUACACAAAGUGUUCACAUAGCAUGGCCAUUUAUGUUAUACAGAUCUGAUACAGUGAAUAGCAAAGGGAGGCCCAGGUUCUAAUUCCUUGGUUUAGUGUCAUCAACCUCACAGGGAAAUGUUUGUGGAACUUAAGCAACAGACUCUGAGGCUUCUUCUUGUUUUUGCUUAAAACCAGAACAGAAAAUGAAAUAAGGAAAUAAAACAGGAAAUUCUCAGAAAACAAGUCUUAAAUGUAGUCCAAAGCAAGCAAUAUAAAGCUGUUUGGAUGUAAAUUUGAUUGUAAAAUACAUUGUACUUUAUGUACAUAUAAAAGCAAAAGGAGAGCAAUUAUGUACAUAAAGUAAAUAUAAUUUAUACAUGUAUUUCAAUACAUGAAUUGAAAGAAAUAUAUAUUUUGGACUGCACAAGGUUUUAUUGUAUAUUUGUCCUUUGUCAAAAUAAAAGUGAUUUUGGAAUGAAACAGCUGGUUGCUAUGUAUUUAUUUUUUAAACAAAGUAGCAUGUUCAGGGAUAAAAAUUGACUGGUCUUUAAUUCGUGUAUGAAUAUAAUACUUGAAUAUGUCAUAACAGUAUUCACCUUACACCAUUGUGGCAGGGCAGAGGGCUUAAUUAUCAGGCUAAUUAAGCCUCUGAGAGGGAUAAAGGCCGAUGGCAGACGGUGGUGCGACGAGAGAGAUAGUUUACGGACGUGUGUGUGUGUGUGUGUGUGUGUGUGUGUGUGUGUGUGUGUGUGUGUGUGUGUGUGUGCGCGUGUUUUUGUGAUUUACGAGGACAAUUUUGUAAGUUACAAAUUAGUAAUUACAAGGGUAUUAUGCUAUAAAUGUGAUUUAUGAGGACAUUUCUAGUGUCCCCAUAAUUCAAAUCGCUUAAAAAUCAUACUAAACAAUGUUUUAUUGAAAAUGUAAAAAUGCAGAAAGUUUUCUGUGAUGAUUAGGUUUAGGGGUUGUGUUAGGUUUAGAGGAUAGAAUCUAUAGUUUGUACAGUAUAAAAGUCAUUAUGUCUAUGGAAAGUCCUCAUAAUGAUAGGUAGACCAACAUGUGUGUGUGUGUGUGUGUGUGUGUGUGUGUGCGCGUGCGUGCGUGCGUGCGUGUGUGUGCGUGUGCUCGCACGUGUGUGUGCGUGUGUGUUGGUGUGUGUGUGUUGUUUUAAAUUUAUCAUUAAAAAUAUUAUUUAUAUUGCCAAGCCGGUUCUCGCCUCCUCCUUUCCAUUGAAAGUCUUUACAACCAUCUAUAGCUAUCUGAGUAUCUUUGUACUUUUAAGGCCAGAAAUAGGGACAUAGAAAAUUAACAACAAAAUCAGAUUUGUACUGCAAACAAGAACAGAAGGACUGGCACAUGACAUAAUUUUCCAUAAGCAGGUGGUGUAAUUGUA